CAGUUGAGGGACAGUGAGUAAAUACUAAAUGGUUAUUUUUAUUCUUCUGUCCUCACUUUUCUUUAUAAGAUAUGUGUAACACACCGACUUACUGUGACCUAGGAAAGGCUGCCAAGGAUGUCUUCAACAAAGGAUAUGGGUUUGGCAUGGUCAAAAUAGAUCUGAGAACCAAGUCAUGUAGUGGAGUGAUGGAAUUUGCGACUUCGGGUCAUGCUUACACUGAUACAGGGAAAGCAUCAGGCAACCUGGAGACCAAAUACAAGAUCUGCAACUAUGGGCUCACCUUCACCCAGAAGUGGAACACAGACAACACUCUUGGGACAGAGAUCUCUUUGGAGAAUAAGUUGGCUGAAGGGUUGAAACUGACUCUUGAUACCAUAUUUGUACCGAACACAGGAAAGAAGAGUGGGAAAUUGAAGGCUUCCUAUAAACGGGAUUGUUUCAGUCUUGGCAGUAAUGUUGAUAUAGAUUUUUCUGGACCAACCAUCUAUGGCUGGGCUGUGUUGGCCUUUGAAGGUUGGCUUGCUGGCUAUCAGAUGAGUUUUGACACAGCCAAAUCCAAACUGUCACAGAACAACUUCGCCCUGGGUUACAAGGCUGCAGACUUCCAGCUGCACACUCACGUGAACGAUGGCACUGAAUUUGGAGGGUCAAUCUACCAGAAGGUGAAUGAGAAGAUUGAAACGUCAAUAAACCUGGCGUGGACGGCUGGCAGUAACAACACCCGUUUUGGCAUCGCUGCUAAGUACAAGCUGGAUUGUAGAACUUCUCUCUCUGCUAAAGUAAACAAUGCCAGCCUGAUUGGACUGGGUUAUACUCAGACCCUUCGACCAGGAGUCAAGCUGACCCUGUCCGCUCUCAUCGAUGGAAAGAACUUCAAUGCCGGUGGUCACAAGGUGGGGCUGGGAUUUGAACUGGAAGCUUAAUGUGGGGGUUUUUGAGUAAAGCGUCCGCUUUGUCCCUGGAGGUGAAGAGAAAUGAACCCACUAUGUUUUGGCCUUAAAAUUCUUCUGUGAAAUUUCAAAAGUGUGAACUUUUUAUUCUUCCAAAGAAUUGUAAUCCUCCCCACACUGAAGCUAGAGAUCGAGUCCGUGGUAAGGGAGGUGCUUGAAGGCACGCCCGGAAGUGGUCCUGUUUGUGCCACAUUUCAGUUCAGUUCCGCAGUGUUGCUUUAAACGUGUUCCAAAGGAAGGGAGCCGGCCCUCUGGCUGUCACCGCGCCCUGCAUGCCCACACCACUCCUUCGUGGCUUGUCACAUAGUGGUCUCUGUGCGGUAGUGGAACCUUUGGUUUGGCAUCAGAGUAAAAUAAAAUAAACCCGUCACAUUUGGAACAUAA